AUGGAGAAGGCAGAUCCGGCGCAGAAGCUAUACACAAGAAUGCGGCUCUGGGAAUUUCCAGAUCAAUAUGUAAUUGAGCCCACUGAUGGAUCUUCUGGUCCCUGUUUGGCAAUCAGCCGGGUGGAGGGGUCAACAAAAUUUAUUGAUGACAUUCCACAGUGCAGCGCUGUUCGUGUUCCUAAAAUUCAGACAAUCUUUGGUGUGAUUGGGAUGCUGAAGCUUUUGGCAGGGUCGUAUUUAAUAGUUGUAGCAGAACGCGAAUGUGUCGGAUCGUACCUAGGGCAUCCUAUCUUCAAAGUUUCAUCCUUGAAAAUUUUUCCUUGUGAUCAUUCUCUCAAGAACUCUCCUGAUGAACAGAAAAGGAUGGAGAAUGAAUUUUCUAGGCUGCUAAAUGUAGCAGAGAGGACUCCUGGCCUUUAUUUCUCAUAUGAUGUCAAUAUAACAUUGAGGUGGAUUGCUCUACCCAGAUUCAUUGAUCUAUUAGAGACACAAAAAGGUUGGCUUGGAUCUUUUGAUUUUGGGAAUUUGAUAGCUCAGAAGGCAUUACAACACAUGUUGAUUUGGCCUAAGCAUGCUGCCCUUCUAGUCAAAUAUAUUCCUGGUUAUUGUGGCUUAUCACCAUGUUAUGAUCUUGGUGCUGGAGAGGCAGCAAAAGAUGAGAAAUGGCCAAAGGACAUUAUGCAAUGUUGGUGGUUUGGUUCUACUUACUACAGGGAACUGCUGAAGAUUUGUAAUAUCUGUGCACAACGAUUGCAUGAUUUGGGAGAUGAAUCAAAGCUGCUACCUCUUUGGAGGCAGGCAGACCCCCGGUUUCUCUGGAACAACUAUAUGUUGGAAGUGCUCAUAGAUAAUAAGAACUUUCAAGCGGCCAUUGGGAAAGAUAUUAUUGAUGUUAUGCUGAUUGCGCGGAGAUGCACUCGGAGAACUGGCACUCGGAUGUGGAGGAGAGGAGCUGACUCUGAUGGCUAUGUGGCAAAUUUUGUAGAAAGUGAACAAAUCGUUCAGCUGAAUGGAUAUACAGCGUCAUUUCUGCAAGUUCGAGGGUCAAUUCCAUUGCUGUGGGAUCAAAUUGUUGAUUUGAAAUAUAAGCCUAAGUUUGAGAUUGUGAGACUUGAGGAAGCACCUCAAGUAGUUGAGCGGCACUUCUUGGAUCUAAGGAAAAAAUAUGGAAAUGUUUUAGCUGCUGAUCUUGUCAACAAGCAUGGAGGUGAGGGACGCUUAUGCGAACAGUUUUCCAAUGCAAUGCAGCAUGUUGUUGGUGAUGAUGUAAGGUAUCUGCACUUUGAUUUUCAUCGGAUUUGUGGUCACGUUCAUUUUGAGCGCCUCUCCAUCCUUUAUGAUCAAAUUGAGGAUUUCCUCAUAAAAAAUAGGUACCUGUUGUUAAAUGAAAAAGGUGAGAAAGUUGAGGGGCAACUUGGAGUUGUAAGGACCAAUUGUAUUGAUUGCUUAGACCGUACAAAUGUCACCCAGACACUGUCGAAUCUUUUUGUUCAUUAUGAUGACUAUGAGCUAUGGAUGCAGAGCAUGAUUGGUCGAAAAAUGUUAGAGUUUCAACUUAGAAGGCUUGGUAUUUUUGAAGCUGAAGAAACUAUUGGCACGCAUCCAAAUUUUGAUGAAAGCUUCAAAAUUUUGUGGGCUAAUCAUGGGGAUGAGAUAAGCAUUCAGUACUCUGGUACCCCUGCUUUGAAAGGAGAUUUUGUCAGAUGUGGCCAGCGCACAAUCCAAGGGAUUCUUAAAGAUGGCUGGAAUGCCCUUAUGCGCUAUUACCUAAAUAACUUUUGUGAUGGUACAAAACAGGAUGCAAUUGAUCUACUGCAAGGACAUUACAUUGUUUCUGUCUCCCGAGAUAUGGCUGCUACAUCUCAUAAAGGAGGCAUAGAGGCUAUCGCUUCCUUUCCGCUGGCUUUUUCUCUGAUCAUGGCUGGGUUCUUUUUCGCAAUGAUGUCACUGAGGCGGG